GAAGCUGCGUAGUGAACCAACAUUUGAACAAAUCUAAAUCAGCGUUACUUGCAAUUUUGAUAAAUUUUGACAUUGUCAGUGCGCCUUGGUCUAUAUAAAAGUCUGGGUAGAUGUGAGGCGGGCAUAUAUCCCGCUGACAACGCCAUACGACGCUGAACACACGGAAGCGCAACUGACAACAACUGUCACCUUAUCGUCUGCUUGAAUACUACUGUGUACGCCUGCCGUCAACACUUCGCCGCUGCACUUCCCAAAGUAAACCCGCUGUCAUGUCCGACUCAGUUGUCAUCAAAGCCUCCCUGGAGCGAGAGGGUUCGAGUCAACCCGAGAUCCGACGUUUUGGGGUUCCGUCAGAUGCUUCUGCCAGCUUCGACUACCUGUUCAAGAAGAUAUCGGAAGUGUUUCCUGGACUUGUCAGAGGAAACUUUAACCUCUACUGGAAAGAUAGUGAUGGUGACCUAGUAUCAUUUUCAUCUGAUGAGGAACUUCUUGAAGCUCUGGGGUUUGUUACAGACUCAGUGUUCCGAAUUUACAUCAAAAAGUACGCCCCUCGGACCCACAGCUCCAAGAGUGGCAGUGGGGAGCUGCAUCCUCGCGUGAUCUGUGACGGCUGUGAAGGAGCAGUGUAUGGUGUGAGGUACACGUGUCUGGUGUGCCCCGACUACGACCUGUGCAGCCAGUGUGAGGCUCAAAACGCUCACCCUCAACAUGACAUGUGGAAGAUUGUCUCUCCAAAGUCAGCCAGGUGUGGUGGCAGAAUGCCCUUCAUGGUUCCGCCACACUGCCAUCAGUGGAUGAACAACUUCAUGAGCCAGUUCAGAAACCAGCACCCUGGAUGUGGCACCAACAAGGAAGGAGCUCCCUCUGGUGCUGAUGAACAAAACAAGACUGAUACAGACAAGAAAGGGGAGACUACUCCACAGGAAGGGGAGACUACUGCACAGGAAGAAUAUCUGAGAAACAUGGGACAAUCUGUUGCUGCUUUCCUUACACCUUUUGGGAUUGAUGUGGAUGUUGAUAUUGAGCACAAUGGACGUCGCCAGGGUGUCAAUCCCCAGGGUGUCAAUCCCCAGGGUGUGAACCCCCAGGGUGUCAAUCCCCAGGGUGUGAACCCCCAGGCUGGUCAACAGUUCUUCAGCAACCUCAUGGCCCAGAUGUUUAGUCAGUGCCCUGGGCAACCAGGUAACGAAGGAAGAGAAGGAGCUGAUAAGAAGGACUCCGACAAGGCACCAUCAGAUGAGACGACCGAGACAGACACCCAGAAGAAGGGGCACUCAUCGGGUGAUGGAUGGACUCUGCUGUCCGACACUGCAUGCUCCUCUCCCCUCACAGGUCAUCCAGAUCCACGUAUUGCCGAUGCUCUCCAGCAGAUGUUGUUGAUGGGGUUCUCUGACGACGGAGGCUGGCUCACUCGUCUCCUGGAGGCCAAGAAUGGUGACAUCAGCCAGGUGCUCGAUGCCAUCAAACCAAACAAAGAAUGAACUCAUUGGCUGAAGGAUCACAACA